CAAAUUGGUAUGAGUAUUUCACUAUUUCAGUUUGCGUGCAGUACUGCUAUUUAGUGUUGAAGCUCCCUCGAAAAUUCGAUCAAAUCCCCAGCAGAUCUACGGUCAAUGGCCAAGGAAUUUAAAGCACCGCCGGUCAUAUUCCCGUCCGGCGGAACCCCAGGCACACAGCAGCGUCGCCCACCGGCGGCACCGUUCCAGCCAUCGAGAUCUUCGAACCCUAGCAUCCCAUUCAUGUCCUUUGACAUUGGUUCCGCUCCCGCGUCCACCUCGUUCUCCACCCCACAAUUCGCCCCCACCACCAUCAGCGGCGGAUCUACUGGAUUCGAGGACGAGGCUCCGCUUCUCGAGGAACUUGGGAUCAACACCAAACAAAUUUACCAGAAAACUCUGUCGAUUCUGAACCCUUUCCGAGUCAAGGCAGAUCUUCAUGAAGAUGCCGAUCUCUCCGGGCCAUUCCUGUUCCUCAUGGCGUUCGGGCUAUUCCAAUUGCUCGCUGGGAAGUUCCAUUUCGGAAUCAUCUUGGGGUGGGUGGUCAUGGCUUCCGUAUUUCUGUAUGUGGUGUUCAACAUGCUAGCUGGACGAAACGGGAACUUGGAUUUGUACAGAUGCGUCAGUUUGGUCGGCUAUUGUAUGCUACCCGUUGUGCUCUUGUCGGCAGUAUCACUGUUCUUGCCCGGAGGGGUGGCGAUUAAGGUUGUGGCAGGUGUUUUUGUCAUAUGGUCUACAAGAGUUUGCACCCGGCUUCUGGUUGAAUUGGCAUCGCAUGGAGAUGAGCAUCGUGGGUUGAUUGCUUACACAUGUUUCUUGAUAUAUGUGCUUUUCUCUUUGCUUGUGAUCUUCUGAUGAAACCAGGUUGUGUGUUUGGAUGUCAUGAAUUGAUUAGUUUAUAUGAAAUUUGGUACCACUUUAAGGCUUGAAAUGAUGCAAACUGCAAAGUUCAAUUUUUAUCAGUAUCAUGGUAGAGCUUGACUUUUAGGCCAUGUAAUUUUACUUUCUUACUAGGUUUAGUUCUUUCCUUCAAAGCUGUUUUCAUUUUAUUUUAUGAAAAGCUUUGUUGCGUAUUGAAUGAAGGGAUUUUUUGGUAAUGAGAUGUCAAAUCCGAUUGCUGAAUGUAUUUAUGAACCAUUAAUGUUGAGAUUUGAGAUUGAUUUUGGCUUGA